AUGCCGCGCGCAGAGGCAGGAUCGGUCAAAGCUAUCGGAAACAGAAUUAAAUCGAAAGGGCUCGGUCGGCUCAGGUGGUACUGCCAGGCAUGUGAACGGCAAAUGAGAGAUGAGAAUGGCUUCAAGUGCCAUGUCCAGAGCGAAGCGCAUGUUCGGCAAAUGCUACUCAUCGGCGAAGAUCCAAAGAAACACAUAAAGCAGUUCACCAACGAGUUCCAGAAAAACUUCGUUGAUCUACUGAAAACAACGCACGGAGAGAAGCAGGUUAACGCGAAUCAUUUUUACCAACAAGUCAUCGCGGAUAAGACUCAUAUCCAUCUUAACGCCACAGAAUUCAAAUCAUUGUCGCAAUUUGUCGCCCACCUAGGGAAGAGUGGGAUAUGCCGGGUGGAGGACACAGAGAAGGGACUGUUCGUCGCGUGGAUCGAUAACAGCCCGGAGACAAUGCGCAGGCGUGAGGCAGUUAUGAAGAAGGAACGACAGGACAAGGGUGAUGAGGAGCGCGAACAGCGGUUGAUUCAGGAGCAGAUUGAACGGGCGCAGCGCAAUGCGACCAACCAAAAAGCGGAAGAGAAGGUGGAGGAGAAGAUGCUACAGCGGGAAGACGGGGAGAAAGUCAAGUUGAACUUUGGAUUCGCCGCGAAGCCGAAGCCAGAUGCAAAGCCCGUGCCACCUCCUCAAGCGACAAGAUCUUUAGAUGUCACGGACUCGCCUGCUCCGACAGACUCAGACGCGUCAACGCCGGCUGCCUCCCAGGUACCCGCCAAGGUUUCCAUGUCGCUUGGUGCGCAGAAACCGAAGAAUGUGUUUACUUCAGGCCCUAAAAAGAACGUACUGGCUGGGAAGAAAGGACCUGUGAUGGCACAACCAAAGAAGAUGACUGAACAGGAGAGGAUUAUGAAAGCUGAGAUGGAAGCUGUGGAACGCAAGCGGUCAAGACCGGACUCUGUAUUCAACUCCAAGCGGCCGAAGCUUGCUUAA